AUGUGCACCUCGAACACAGCCUACGAGGUCUGCUGCGUGCCUGUCGAGUCCUACGCAGCGUCCAAAAAAAAGGCUAUUGGCUGGUGCCUCUUGGUACGCGCCACCAUCCUCUACGAACUCUUCAAGCACAAAAUUCUCCCCUCCGACAUCCAGAGGCCAGACUUUGAUAACUUGGUUCUCGAAUACCUCCGGCCCCUCUGCCAUAUGGGACCCUUUCAGGCUACCGCCGUCGACGCCACCAUUCGCUUCCAGAAAGUCGUCCUCACCCAAUUCCGCGAAAAGGUCCGCCACACAGCACGCAAAUGGGUCCUCGAUAACCGCGUCGUCCAGCUACGUAAUGGCAUCCACGUUUGGAGCCCCGAAAUCACGGGCACCUGGUUCCAGACUGUCGACACCGUUCAGGCUUGGCUACGGACCCUCGGCAAACGGAACACUCGCGAUGUCGAUGCACGUUUCCCCCCGAUUCUCGCCGCCCCAGUACCCAACUCCUUGGCCGCCACGUCUAUCGUUGGUUCCACUGUCCGCUUUGUUGACCCUUGGCCUUUGGCUACCACGCCACCCUCGAUCAUCAAGCCGAUUCCGGCCCCGGGUGCAGCUCUGACUCAGGCUCUGACUUCGAUUCCCGUUCCAGCAACGCCAGCUACGAUUCCAUCUGCGACUUCAGUUUCGUCCUCGGCUCUGUCGUCUCUUUCUUCGCUGUCUUCGGCUCUGCCUCCAAACCCCACGCCCGCUCAAGCCCCGCGCUGGCCCAACGUCAACCUCGACACGGCAAUCACCAGCCCUGGCGCCAACCCCGGCUUACACGCCGACGCAAGACUCUUGUCAACCUCGAGCAGCCUAUAUCUACAGCGGCCUACCUCGUCGCCAACCACCGGCGGGGGAAGCGCGGCCCUCGCGGCUCUCGCGGCCAGCGUGGCCAGCGAAAUCAUCCCCUUGUGGCAGCGCACUGUCGUCUCCGCCACCACCGUUGUUCCCAUUCACACCUACGCUCCACGGCCUGUCGUCAUGUCGGGACAAGGUAACGACGAUAACUGCAACAGCACCGUCGUCGCCAACACCACAGUUAGUAACAGCAACACUCGCGCUCCCCGGUCUGUUCUCACGUCCGGAGUACACGAUGGUGACUGCAACAGCACUGUUGUUUCCAGCAGCGACCGGAUCCCGGUGCCUGCCCACGAGACUGUGAAGCCUGUCGUCAGUUACGAGGAGUCACUCGUAGGCCACAUUCGGCUAGCGCUGGACUGGCAAUUGGAUGCGAGGCGCAGCGUCAUUGAGGCGGACCAAUUGUUCAAGAGGCUGAUGUUGAUGGGCAGUCUGUGA